AUGUUUUCCAUUGGAGAUGUUGUGCUUCCGGCCCUGGAGAAGCCGCUGUACUGGCUCGGUGCUGUGACCGCGGCCUGGCUGUCGGUGUGUACCGUGUACCGCCUGCUUGCCGGGUUCAAAGUGUGGGUGCUAGGCAAUGGGCUGCUAGUAUCACCCGCGAAACUUGGCAAAUGGGCAGUUGUGACGGGAGCUACAGAUGGGAUUGGCAAAGCCUAUGCGGAGGAGCUGGCACGCAGAGGCUUUUCCAUUGUGCUUAUAAGUCGAUCUCAAGAAAAGCUGGAUGAAGUAUCCAAAGAAAUUGCGAGCAAAUGUGGUGUGGAGACAAAAACCAUUGCAGCAGACUUCAGUUCAGUAAAUAUUUACUCCAAGAUAGAAGAUGGACUUGCAGGACUGGAGAUUGGAGUAUUAGUGAACAAUGUUGGAAUAUCCUAUUCUUACCCAGAAUUCUUCCUCAGUGUCCCCAAUCUCGAUAAUUUCAUUGACACCUUGGUGAAUAUCAACAUAACAUCAGUGUGCCAGAUGACACGACUUGUUUUGCCUCAAAUGGUUGAGAGGAAGAAGGGUGCCAUUCUCAACAUUUCAUCUGCCAGUGGAAUGUAUCCCGUUCCUCUGCUGACCAUCUACUCUGCAUCCAAGGCAUUUGUGGACUUCUUUUCGAGAGGGUUGCAAGCCGAAUACAAGAGCAAGGGGGUCAUUAUCCAGAGUGUUCUACCAUUUUUCGUGGCAACGAAGCUGAGUAAAAUCCGGAGGCCCACACUGGACAAACCGAGCCCGGAGCGCUACGUUGCUGCUGAGCUAAACACUGUAGGCCUUCAGACACAAACCAAUGGUUACCUGCCUCACGCCGUCAUGGGCUGGGUGAGUACAGCUCUGCUCCCUGCCAGCAUUCUCAGCACACACGUGAUGGGAAUGGCUUUGUCCCAGCGUGCUCGUUACCUCAAGAAGCAGAAGCAGGGUUAG